AUGGAUCAAGAGAAGAAGCAAGCGCCGGGCGGCUCGCCCCCGGACGCAAGCCACACGCAACCACUAUCCCAACCAGCCCACAGCCUCACGUACGAAGCCAUUCUCAAUGAGCUUUCAGUCGAUUCUGAUGAAGGCUUGUCAUCCGGAGAAGCCAAAAAGCGCCUGGAGGAGCAUGGCCCCAACGAACUCGAAGGAGGAGAAGGCGUCUCCAUUGCCAAGAUCAUCAUUCGACAGAUUGCAAAUGCUAUGAUGCUGGUGCUGAUUAUUGCCAUGGCUGUCAGUUUCGGCAUUCAAUCCUGGAUUGAAGGUGGCGUGAUCGCUGCCGUCAUUGGUCUUAACAUCAUUGUAGGUGUAUACCAGGACUUUGCAGCCGAGAAGACCAUGGACUCUUUGCGUUCGUUGAGCUCCCCUACCGGAACAGUAACCCGCGACGGCAAAACCAAUACUGUCCCCGCCAACGAGAUCGUCCCAGGAGACAUGGUUGAGCUCAAAGUCGGAGACACCGUUCCCGCCGACCUUAGACUCGUUGAAGCUAUGAAUUUCGAAACCGACGAAGCCCUUUUAACCGGAGAAUCGUUGCCCGUACAGAAGGAAAUUGAUCAGGUUUUUGACCAAGACACCGGACCUGGAGAUCGGUUGAAUAUUGCGUACAGUUCAUCCACUGUUACCAGAGGGCGAGCCCGUGGCGUUGUCGUUGGCACUGGUAUGAAAACCGAGAUCGGUGCCAUUGCCGCAGCACUCCGGGCUGGUGAUUCGAAGCGUCGAAAAGUCAAGCGUGGCCCCGAAGGCGAAACCAAGAAGCGCUGGUAUCUACAGGCCUGGACCUUGACUGGUACUGAUGCCAUUGGCAGAUUCCUGGGCAUCAAUGUUGGAACACCCUUGCAGCGAAAGCUCUCCAAGUUGGCUCUGGCCCUCUUUGGUAUUGCCGUCGUCUUCGCGAUUAUUGUCAUGGGCACAAAUAAUUGGAGCGAUUCAAACGAAGUCAUCAUCUAUGCUGUCGCUACAGGACUUGCAAUGAUUCCUGCAUGUUUAGUUGUGGUUUUGACCAUCACAAUGGCAGUGGGCACAAAGCAAAUGGUUCAAAGACACGUCAUUGUCCGGAAGCUUGAUUCUCUAGAGGCAUUGGGCGCAGUCACUAACAUUUGCUCAGACAAAACUGGAACUCUAACCCAGGGGCGAAUGGUUGCAAAAAGAGCCUGGAUUCCGUCGCAAGGCACAUACUCGGUCGGAUCUUCCAGCAAUCCCUUGGAUCCCCAGGAAGGAGAAAUGAGUCUCAUCACCGAUCCUCCUGUCAAGAUUAGUCCGGAUAUGCUGGCCAAGCCCGCAAACCCAGAGGAUCUCUUGAAGGACAAUCGACAUCUGGAAGACUUUCUCAAUGUUGCCGCAAUGGCAAAUCUUGCCCAUGUUCACAAAUCAACCGAUGAAUGGCAGGCCCGUGGUGAGCCAACAGACAUUGCAAUCCAGGUCUUUGCUUCUCGCUUCAACUGGAACCGCGAUCGCUGGAUCAAAGGUGAGAAUCCUGUCUGGGAACAGAAAGCGGAGUAUCCCUUCGACUCCACGGUGAAGAAAAUGUCGGUGAUAUUCGCCAAGCGAGGCGAGACAGAGAAGACUCCUGAAAUGAUUUUCACAAAGGGGGCAGUGGAACGUGUUCUUGAGGCUUGCACAUCUGUGACUUGGACUGCUGGCGCUUCUCCGGUCCCUCUCGAUGACAGCAUUCAAGAUGAGAUCCUGCAGAACAUGGAAGGUCUCGCUAAAGAAGGUCUUCGGGUUCUUGCUCUUGCCUGUCGAGAGCACCAUGGUGGUACAAGCAACGACGAGAAGGAAAACCCUCCGCGAGAGGAAGUGGAAAAAGAUCUCGUCUUUUGCGGAUUGAUCGGUCUCUACGACCCGCCCCGCCCUGAAACCGCAGGAGCUAUCGAGCAAUGCCACCAUGCAGGUAUCUCGGUUCACAUGGUGACCGGUGAUCAUCCCGGUACAGCAAAAGCUAUUGCUCAACAGGUUGGAAUUAUCCCCGCCAACAUGGAUGAAAUCGCCAAGGAUGUGGCAGAUGCAAUGGUCAUGACUGCAAGCCAGUUUGACAAAUUGACAGAUGAACAAAUCGAUGACCUGCCUACCCUUCCAGCAGUUAUUGCUCGGUGUGCACCGAACACAAAGGUCCGAAUGAUCGAUGCUCUGCAUCGGCGGGGUCGCUAUGCAGCCAUGACAGGUGAUGGUGUGAACGAUUCCCCAUCUUUGAAACGUGCCGAUGUUGGUAUUGCAAUGGGAGAGGCGGGAUCCGACGUGGCAAAGGAUGCCUCAGAACUAGUUCUGACAGACGAUAACUUUGCUUCAAUCAUUAACGGUAUUGAAGAAGGUCGUCGGAUCUUUGAUAACAUUCAGAAAUUUGUCUUGCAUCUUUUGGCUGAGAACGUUGGUCUCGCAUUAACUCUUCUGAUCGGUCUGGCUUUCAAGGAUGAUGAUGGCCAGUCAGUCUUUCCUAUCGCGCCCGUCGAAAUUCUUUGGAUCAUCAUGAUUACCUCUGGUCUCCCUGAUAUGGGCCUGGGAAUGGAAAUCGCAGCCCCGGAUAUCAUGGACCGUCCGCCUCAAAGUAAACAAGGUAUUUUCACAUGGGAGGUCGUGAUAGACACUCUGGUUUAUGGACUUUGGAUGGCCGCGCUUUGCCUUAGCUCCUUUUCCCUUGUUAUGUUUGGCUGGGGAGACGGAAACCUAGCAACAGGCUGCAACAGUAACCAUACGCCAGAAUGUGAGACGGUCUUCCGGGCCCGCGCGACAACAUUCGUCUGCAUGACCUGGUUCGCACUGUUCUUGGCUUGGGAGAUGAUCAAUAUGCGCCGCAGCUUCUUCCGUAUGCAGCCUGGCUCGAAAAAGUAUUUCACACAGUGGAUGUUCGAUGUCUGGCGCAACCAGUUCCUCUUCUGGGGUAUCAUGGCCGGAUUCCUCACUACCUUCCCCAUUCUCUAUAUCCCCGUCAUCAAUGAUGUGGUUUUCAAGCACACUGGCAUCUCAUGGGAGUGGGGAGUUGUGUUUGUGGAAGCGACCUUGUUCUUCCUCGGAGUGGAAUUUUGGAAGUGGUGCAAGCGAAUCUUUUUCCGGUAUCAAGCCCGUCGAACAAAGAACACUGACCCGAUUGAGAAUGCAAGAAUGAGAGACUUUAGUCGCUAUACUACCAUGAGCAGAUCUGAUACUCAGGCAGGGAGUGACGAGAAAGUUGAGCAAUCUAUGGUUUGA